AAAGGUUCAACCGGAAGUUCCCUGUUGCUCAGAAACCUGGUGUAAACUUUGUAGCAUUAGCUAGAGCGCUUUAAAGGCCACAAGGGGAGAAAAAACACAAUCAUAUGGCCUUUUGUUUGUAGAAGUUCGUGUUACCGUUUUAAAUAUGUCUAACCGGGAUCCUUUUCCCCAUCCGAGGGUAGAAAACGACCUCACUCUGAGCGGCUUCAGGCCGCAGCAGAAAAAAACAUACAAUAAACCAACGCACAUCGCCCAAACUGAGGAACCCUGGAGUCGCCUCCAUGACACAGCCACUUUGGCCAGCACCCAGCGGACUGUUACGCAUUGUAAGAAGACUCCAAACGACAGUCUCGACCUUCAGCUAAACGCAAUCUAUGAUCACCACAAGAACUGCUUCUGGAGCAAGAACCACAUUUUGGACCAGAAGGAGACCGUCUCCGAGGACCACAGCAAAGGGGCGAACUUAGAGGAGGAAGGAGGAAAUGACAUCAUUGUGUGGGUCGACAAACAGAGGCGCUCCAUUCACAGCAUCAAGUGACACACAGGCUUCUUCAAACAGGGACUGCUCCACAUAACACAAGAACUUCAGCUCAGCAUGAAGCUUCAAGAACUACCAUCUACAGCAACCUCUGACCUCAGCCCUGAAAAUAAAGGAGCUCUUUCACU